AUGACCAACCGUCAGUUCCGGUUUCGCGAUGGCGUGGCUAUUUCUCAAAUUGUCGUCUUUUCAGUUUUUCUCAUAUUUGGCGUUCUGUUUCGCUUUCAAAAGCGAAUGGGCUGGUUCGGCAUAUCCUUUAUCUCAACAAUACGCAUCGUUGGAGCCGGCUGCAUGCUCGGCACAAUCACCAACCGCUCAAAGGGCGUUUGGGCCACCAUCUUCGUCUGCGAAUCUCUUGGACUUGUUCUAAUCACAUUUGUGCUAUUAGACUUAUUAAAGAGGGUAAACCAUUUCGUAAAGGUCCUCACAGAUUGGCACUUUCGAAUCCCAGAGCUGAUAUGCUGGGCUGGUCUUGCUAUCUCUAUCGCAGACUAUGUGAUUAUCAGUAAGAAGACCGAGGAUCCAAUGGCCCCAGGCCCCUUGACAAAAGCAGGAGUUGGACUCUUUGCGGCGCUUUACUUCUGGGGUGUCCUCCUCUUUUUCUGGCUGGUGCAAAAAUGGAAGCAGAUCCCUGACGGCGAGAGGCGGUCCGUCAUCGGCUUCGGUGCCUGCUUUCCCCCCAUGGUCGUCCGCAUCGCCUACACGAUAUCCUACGUGAGUACUGGGAACAAGAAAUUCAGUGCAGUCACAGGAGACACCACGACGUACCUCUUGAUGACUGUACUGAUGGAGUUUGCUAUUCUUGGCUGCGUCAUAUGGACUAUUUGGGGCUUAGAGAUAUUGCAGCAGCAUGUGCUGGUUGAUGCAGAGCAGGACAAGAGCAACAGUAUGGAUGCGUUGGUUGAAUCUAGGCCAAAGAGUCGAGAUGACCGCCAGGACGCUUCAUGA